UUCCUUGCAACAUAUCAAAGAUGAUGGAUGUACUCCCGUGGAUUGGGAACCCCUGGGUUCAAUAGGAUUACAUCGCCGCGCUAUAGGGAAACUGCCCCUACUUUUAUUCUCUACGGCCAUCAGUCUCUUCCGGGGCUUCAGCUGUCGCAACAGCUGAGAUUGUCGCCAUCCCCGUGCGCCUCCGACGACAGACAUGACACGCCCAUCCGUCAAGCGCCUCACUGCCGCUCUGCUUUUGUUUCUCUUGAUUCUGCUUUCCGGCUACGUAUUAACGCGCAUCGCCGUCUUCUCCCGCAUCUUCCGCGAGCAUGCUGGUGUUGCCUUGACUCAAGAUGAGGUCGCCAUCGCCCACAACUCCACCGACCCCGAUCCACGAUCGCAAGUUGUCCCAAAGAUCAUUCACCAGAUCUUCCACAAUUGGAAUGACCCAAAUAACGAAACUCUGCCAUCCGACUGGGAGAAAGUGCGCCAUACAUGCAUUUCUCUGAACCCGGAUUGGGAAUACAAGUUGUGGACAGAGAAAUCGUCGCGCGACUUCAUAGAGACCGAAUAUCGCUGGUUUCUGAGCACCUACGACAACUUCAAGUUUCCCGUCCAGAAGAUCGACUCUCUUCGAUACUUCUUUAUGCGCCAUUACGGCGGGAUAUACCUCGAUCUUGACAAUGGCUGCCUUAAGAACCUCGAACCGCUCCUCUACUACCCGGCCUGGGUCACCGAUGGUGGCCACGGUGCCCUGAGCAACAACAUCCUUGGAGCUCAGCCGAACCACGCGUUCUGGAUCCUCUUGACCGACUCCCUCAUAUCCUACGCGUGGAAUUACCCAUUCCCGUACAUCACCAUCAGCUACGCGACCGGGCAGUGGUUCGAGACUGUCGUGUGGGAGAAAUAUCACGCGCAGCUACCCAAGGACGCGCCGCCGCUGACCCGCGUAAUGAUGGAUAUGCGGCCCGGCGCUGCUUCCUGGGUGUUUUUCACGCAGGAGAGGGGCGGUACGUGGGACAACUGGGACAACCACGUCUUUGGAUAUAUAGGCAACAACACGGGCGAGGCAGUUGGGUACCUGGUUGGGUUCUUGGGUGCUAUGGCUGUGGGGUUUUUUGUCACCAGGACGGUUUUGCGAUGUGUGUUUUACAGGUAUAGAGGAUAUCGGCGUCUGGGGCGGGGCAAUAAGUCCGGCCGGGGAGAUGAGGAGAUCGAGCUGUCCGCAUAGACGGGCCUUUAUUUUGUAUGAAUGUAAUCCAUACAUACUGCGUGCGUGGUAAGAAUAUCUUGGUUACGUAAUUAAGCUAGAAUUGCACCUACCUGCCUAUAGUAGCUGGAUGAAAUGGUCUAGACCCUGGUGGACCGAGGAACAGCCUCAGCCUACUGCACAAGGAUAAGCGGUACCACAAUAUGUACUUGUAAAUCUUAUGUAUAUAGUAGGGGUCCUAGGUAGCGCACACUAGUGUCGGGUGGUUCCUUCCUGAAAGCAGUACUACGGAUACAUCGAUUAUAUCAGACUUAAACUAG